AUGGUGCAGUCGCGUGCUUCAAGGCGGAAGGUGAUACUGCUGUCCUCGGAUGGCGAAGAUGGCACUUCGGGGGACCAAAGCUACUUGAGCCAACGGAAAGCAGAUGACAGUCAUUCAGAUCUUGAUAUUGAAAGUCCAAGGCCAAAGGAGAAGACCAAGAACGCUCGCAAACUGACGUCUGCCUCUUCGACCCCCGCAACAAGUUCUCAGAAAUCGCCAGCUAAAUCUAAGUCGACACGUUCGAAGGGCAAGUCAUCAACCAAGGAGACUGCACAGCCGCAAGAAAAGACCAUCUUCUCCUUCUUUAAUGCCGCGACUCAACGUCAACAGCGCUUACAUCCAUCAGCUAGUCCUGAAAAACAGCUCUCGCCGAAACCAGAGCUCAUUAAUGAUGACUCUGCAGAGGAAGGCAAGGAUGUGACACUUGCGGAAGGCUCCAGCACAGCACUCGCGCUGCGGAAGCGCAAAGCGCAACAUAGCACCAGUUUCGAGCAAGGUGGCGCUCUGGCACCGAGUGCCGCGCAGAAGUUCCGAAAGACAAGUGGUGGUGGCAAAGUGCCGUCUUUUGCGGUUGUGAACGAGGACCAACGCACCUGGGUUGACCAAUUCGGACCAUUCAAUGUCGAGGAUCUCGCCGUCCACAAACGUAAAGUGAACGAUGUGCGCCAGUGGCUUGGGAACACAUUUCACGGCAAGCGCCGCAAGGUGCUCGUCAUGAAAGGCGCGGCAGGCACUGGCAAGACAGUCACUAUUCGCAUGCUAGCCAAAGAAAUGGACUUUACAGUUGCCGAGUGGCAGAACCCGGCCAAUGUAGACGCCUCACAUGACUCAUCGACUUCUGCAGCCGCUCAGUUCCAAGAGUUCGUGGGUCACGCUGGAAGAACUUCUAGUUUGCAACUUGCGGCCGAUGGUGAGUCCUUGGCGGGAGCAGAUGUUGAAGUUCAGACAGAGUCCCGUGCGACGAACAUGCGGCGAAAGCAGCUCCUUCUUAUUGAAGAGUUUCCGAGUACAUUCUCGUUGUCCUCGGUUGCGCUGCAGACUUUCAGAUCUACUAUUUCUCAAUACCUCUCAGCUACACAAUCGCAGUACUUCUUUGUGGCACCCCUUGUCCUCGUCAUUUCUGAGACACUACUCUCCACCAACACGGCCGCUGCAGAUAGCUUUACUGCACAUCGACUGCUUGGACCAGAGCUGAACAGUCAUCCAUACAUCGACACAAUCGAAUUCAACGCUGUUGCGCCGUCGAUCUUGACCAAGGCUCUGGAGUCUGUGGUAAUCAAGGAAGCCAGAAAAUCCGGCAGGCGGAAGACUCCCGGGCCACAGGUCAUCAAGCGACUUGCUGAGAGUGGAGACAUCCGUAGCGCCAUCUCGUCCCUUGAAUUCCUGUGUUUGCGAGGCAACGAUGACGAUACAUGGUCAGGCAAGGUACACUUCACGAAGCCAAAGAAGAAAGUUGACCAGCCAAUGACAAAGGCCGAGGAGGAAGCCUUGAAGCUAGUGAGCAACCGCGAGAGCACACUUGGUGUUUUUCAUGCCGUUGGCAAGAUCGUAUACAACAAGCGCACAGUUCCUCUACAGCCAGCAUUGGUCGCUCACCCUCCUGCAUGGCUUCCUCAAAAUCGCAGGACGACAGUCCCCGAGACGGACGUUGACGGCUUGGUCGAUGAAAUAGGAACGCAGACAUCCACCUUCAUUGCAGCACUUCACGAAAACUAUGCACUGUCAUGCGCGAAUUCGAGCGCAGAAGAAGCAUUAGACAGUCUCAGUGGGUGUGCUUAUGACAUAUCCGACGCAGACUUGCUCUCAAUCGAUCGCUUCUCAUCAUCAAAUCGUGCAUUUUCUGGAUCGGCCAUGGACAGUCUUCGACAAGACGAGAUGGCUUUUCAGGUCGCUGUCAGAGGACUCCUGUUCGGUCUACCUUCACCAGUCCAUCGGGCUGUUCCCGCGAGCGGCAACAAGCAAGAUGCGCAUCGCAUGUUCUACCCGACGUCUGUCAAGCUGUGGAAGCGACAGGAAGAGAUCAGUGACUUGCUGGAUCUGUUGACUGCUCGAGCUCAAAGUGGCCACCUCCAGACCAGUGCCUCUUGGUUUGACAAGUGGACCAUCGACACUCCGGUGGGCGUAGAAUCGUGGUCGCGCAAUAACACUUUCCGAUCCGCUCGGGAAGACCUUCAUGUAUCCGGUGAUACCUUAUCACUCCUCUCAUCGAUCACUAGAGCGGACAUACUAUUAGAGCGACUACCAUACAUGAUGCAGAUCCUACCGCACAACUCGCCACUGUCAGUGCAGGUAAGCAGGGUCUCACACAUGAGUGGAGAAGGUAGAUCAUUGACCGUCGACGACGAGGCUGCCGAUGAGGAGAACGAUGAUGCUGGGCCUGACGAAGCCUGGUCCACGGAUUGGCCUGAAAAGGAUGACAUGCCGUCGCGGCGGAAGAAGCCCACUCGUGAUAGACCCACUAGAGCAAAGCGCGAGACCGAAGGAGGUGGCCUUGCGAUCCCUGUAGAGACCGAAGUCGGAAGACUUGUCCUGCAAGAUGAUGAUAUUGUAGACGAUUAA